AUGGCAUCAUCUUCAAGUGCUCGCCGAAGACUCUUAUGUGGUCCUGAGGACCCCUCCGUAUUAUAUCUGCAGAGACAACACGUCUCGAAUAACAUAUGGGCAGGAGUGCCAUCAGAAGAUGUACGCUGCAGAAGGUACGAAGGAAUCAUUUGGGAUGUUCUCAUACAUCCGCGUGUUUUGGCUGUAAUUGAUGAGAUGGGAUUUGGCCGGAUGUUGAGGUGUGGUCAACCGAAAGACAUUGACCACCAUCUUAUCACCGCAUUAAUUGAACGAUGGAGGCCAGAGACUCACACGUUUCACUUUCCAGUCGGUGAAGCUACAGUGACUUUGGAAGAUGUGGAGGUCUUAUGGGGCCUCAAAGUUGACGGGGAAGCUGUGACGGGUUAUAUCCCCAGUAAGGAUGUCGGCUAUUGGACUCAAGCUUGUCUGGAUUUUCUUGGCUUUAUACCAGAUACUGUUGAGCUGAAAGAACUGGUUUGGAAGCAGACGAGUUUAUCAAAACAACUGAGGGUUGAGUUGAAUGAUGACCACGACCAGUACAUAUACGUUCAACGCGCCCGUGUUUAUUGUCUGCUAUUACUUGGUGGUCUGUUAAUUCCGAACGCCUCCGGUAAUAAAAUUCCAUUCUUCUACCUUCAAUUUUUCAUGGAUGUAGGACGUUGUGGUAGCUAUAGCUGGGGUGGUGCGACUCUUGCCUGCUUGUACCAUAAUCUUUGUGAAGCUGCACUUGCAAAGAGGUCCGAUGUCGGAGGAGCUCUUACUCUGUUACAGUUGUGGGCUUGGGAAAGAAUCUCAAUUAUUAGACCGACGAUGCUAAAUCCCGUGCCCAUGACAUGGAAUGGUCCGGCCUCUUAUGUGAAAGCACCCGGACAUUGCAUUGAAACUUUCGGAGAUCAAUUCUCUAGAAUGCACGCCAACCAAUUUAUUUGGAGGUCAUAUGUCAUGCGAACUCUGCCGGAAGUUUGUGUUGUCGAUCGUCCUAUAUGGACGUCGAUCACAACACUUAUUUGCUGGAAUAUGGUUGAGCCACACUUGCCACAGCGAGUGUUGCGACAAUUUGGGAUUGUCCAACCGUAUAUUCCGCUUGUCGACCGGUUCCACGGAACUGAUUUUGCGAAACAGGAUCGGCGAGGCAAAGCUGGCCGGAAUUGGGUUGAGUGGCACGCCGCUCAUAUACAAAAUUGGGAUAAUAGGCACAACAUGGUGUGGACCGAUUCGGAGUACUCGAUGGAGCCUAUAGCAACUAAUGAGUACAUGGAUUGGUUUAGCCGGAUAACCGUUGUGUACCUAACAAAACCUGGCGUGCAUGCUCAGGAGGGCUUCCAUGAAACGGCGUCCUCCCAUAACUAUGCGGUGGAGACGCUUCACAAAAUACGGCAAUUUCUUAGGGAGCAAGACAUGACAGGACGACCGGAUUUGUUCACCAUUACGAGGAUGGUUGAAGAUGGUCUCCAGAUAUCUGGGGAAGUUGAGACGAUGGAUUACCGUCCUUCCCAGCGCUCUGAGCUAGACAUUGACAUGCCCGUGCGGCAAAAAGGGAAGUGGCGUGGAAAGAAGAACGCUGGUGGAGAGUCGUCAUUGGCAAGGAUGGAUACUCAGUUGGGUGAUGAGUCCGAUGGCGAUUUUAUGGCUCCACCUCCACCAAGAUCUGUCGUUCGGGGUCGUCACUCUGUCAGCCACACUGGUGGUACAGGUGAAGAUAUCGGUCUCAGUGAUGUCCACCAAUCUCCACCACGGUCUUCUGUGAGAGACGACGUUUUUGGUAUUGAUUUAGAGAAUGCCGUAGUUCAAGAUACUCCUCCGUCUAGAAUCCCUACCUCCAGAAUCGAGAAGGGAAUCCGUGGUCUGUUUAUGCGGAAAAGGCGAGACCCGUGA